GCCUUUUCUGGAAACAUGAAUGCAGACAGUGUUGUGUACUAUAAGCUUCAGCAUUCCAUUAAAGCAAGAUUUCUCCGUUUUGUGCCUUUGGACUGGAAUCCGAAUGGCAGAAUUGGAAUGCGCAUUGAAGUGUAUGGAUGUGCAUAUAGGUCCGAGGUGGUUGGCUUUGAUGGGAAAAGUUAUCUAAUUUACACGUUUAAUCAAAAACUCAUGAGUGCACAUGUGAUUUCUCUGAAGUUUAAGACACUGCAAAGUGAUGGAAUUCUCCUCCACAGAGAAGGACAAAAUGGAGACCACAUCACCCUGGAAUUAACUAAAGGGAAGCUGUCCCUACUCAUUAAUUUAGGUGAUACUAAAACUCAUCCUUCUAAUGCCCAAAUUAAUAUUAAGCUGGGUAGCCUUUUGGAUGAUCAGCAGUGGCAUUCUGUUCUCAUUGAGCAAUUUAACAAUCAAGUAAACUUUACAGUGGAUAAACACACUCAUCAUUUUCAUACAAAAGGAGAAUUGAAUUAUUUGGACCUUGAUUCUGAGCUCAGCUUUGGAGGGAUGCCAGUGCCUGGAAAAUCAGGGACAUUGUCACACAGGAACUUUCAUGGGUGUUUUGAAAAUAUUUAUUAUAAUGGAGUGAACAUUAUUGACGUGGCCAGGAGGCAUAAGUCUCAGAUCUACUUUGUGGGCAACAUAUCCUUUUCAUGUUCAGAGCCACAAGUGGUUCCUGUCACUUUUCUGAGCCCCAGUAGUUACCUGGCACUGCCAGGCACAUCAGGGCAAGAUGAAGCAUUCGUCAGUUUCCAGUUUCGCACCUGGAACAAGGAGGGACUUCUAUUAUCUAGUAAAGUACACCAGGCUUCAGGUGGUUUCCUUUUAUAUCUGAGUGAUGGGAAAGUUAAAAUCAGUCUUCAUAAACCAGGAAAAGCGCUGAGUGACAUCACUGCAGGUGCUGGAUUAAAUAACGGCCAGUGGCAUUCUGUAUCCUUCUCUGUCAAAAGGAAUCGUAUCAGUGUAAUAGUGGACAAUGAUGUGACCACAUCUGCUCAUGCCUCCAUAUCUCUGCAAAUUUAUUCAGGGGAUGCUUUCUACUUUGGAGGCUGCCCUACCACUGGAAACAUUUCUGAAUGUAAUACCUCAUUUGGUGGCUUUCAAGGAUGCAUGCGACUUAUUUCCAUUGAUAACAAAGCAGUGGAUAUGAUCUCAGUUCAGCAAAAUGUUUUUGGCAAUUUCAGUGACCUUCAGAUAGAUUUAUGUGACAUUAUAGACAGGUGUUUGCCUAAUUACUGUGAACAUGGUGGGGAGUGCUCACAGUCCUGGAACAACUUCUACUGCAACUGUGCCAAUACCGGAUACAACGGAGCUACUUGCCACUAUCCCAUCUAUGAGCAAUCAUGUGAAGCCUAUAAGCACAGAGGCAACACUUCAGGCUUUUACAAUAUUGAUUCAGAUGGAAGUGGCCCAUUGGGACCGUUUCUUGUAUACUGUAAUAUGACAGAUGCAACAUGGACAAUUAUGCAGCAUAACAACACCAACCUAAGCAGAGUCAAAACCGCUAAUCGUGAGAACCCCCACACUGUGUUUUUCAAGUAUUCUGCCAGCCUAGACCAGCUUCAGGCUACAAUUAAUCAUGCAGAGCACUGUGAACAGGAGUUUGCUUACCACUGCAAAAAGUCAAGGCUUUUAGAUAAGCAAGGUGGCAUGCCACUGAGCUGGUGGAUUGGAAGAACCAAUGAAACACAGACUUACUGGGGAGGAUCCUUGCCAGCUGUACAAAAGUGUGCUUGUGGAUUAGAAGGGAACUGUAUCGAUUCACAGCAUUACUGCAACUGUGAUGCAGACAGAGAUGAAUGGACUAAUGAUACUGGAUUCCUUUCCUACAAAGAUCAUCUACCAGUAACUGAAAUUGUGAUCACAGAUACUGACAGACCAAACUCUGAAGCAGCUUACAAACUGGGGCCUUUGCUUUGCCGUGGUGACAGAACAUUUUGGAAUUCAGCAUCCUUCAACACAGAGACAUCGUACCUGCAUUUCCCCACCUUCCAUGGAGAGCUCAGUGCAGAUGUCUCAUUUUUCUUUAAAACUACUGCUUCCUCAGGAGUUUUUUUAGAAAACCUGGGAAUUCAAGAUUUCAUAAGGAUAGAGUUAUACUCUCCAUCUGAAGUGCUUUUUUCAUUUGAUGUUGGAAAUGGACCUAGUGAAGUUACAGUGCAAUCACUCACUUCCUUAAACGACAACCAGUGGCAUUAUGUGAAGGCUGAACGAAACGUCAAAGAAGCAUCCUUACAAGUAGAUCAGUUUCCUCAAAGGUUUCACACUGCUCCACCUGAUGGGCAUAUUCGCUUGCAGCUGAACAGCCAGCUUUUUGUAGGUGGGACAGCAUCCAGGCAGAAAGGAUUUUUGGGAUGCAUUCGUUCAUUACAGUUGAAUGGAAUGGCCCUUGACCUGGAAGAGAGAGCAAAGAUAACACCAGGAGUUGAACCAGGCUGUCCAGGACACUGCAGCAGCUAUGGUAAACUGUGUCACAAUGGUGGAAAAUGUAAAGAGAAAUACAGUGGAUUCUCCUGUGACUGCACUUUCUCUGCCUAUGCUGGGCCGUUCUGUAAGAAAGAGAUCUCUGCAUAUUUUGGGACUGGCUCCUCUGUGACAUACAAGUUUCAAGAAUACUACACCUUAGCUAAAAAUUCGAGUUCUCAUGCUUCUUCUUUCUAUGCUGAUAUGACACUGAACAAAGAAGCAAUUACGUUUGCCUUUCGAACAACACGGACACCAAGCUUACUGCUUUAUGUCAGCACCUUCUACAAGGAAUACCUCUCAGUCAUUCUCACCAAAAACGGAAGUUUACAGAUCAGGUACAAGCUAGAUAGCCAUCAAAACCCUGAUAUAUUCAGCAUCAAUCUCAAAAGCAUGGCUGAUGGACAGCUGCAACACGUGAAGAUUGAUAGAGAGGAGGAAAUGCUCUUUGUAGAGGUUAACCAGAAUGAAAGAAUGAAGUUUGUUCUGACUUCAGGCACAGAAUUCAAUGCAAUUAAGUCUCUCACACUUGGCAAGAUUUUAGCAGAAAACAGUGAUGUAGAUGAGGAGACAAUGAAGGCAAACUCUCAGGGGUUUAUUGGAUGUCUCUCUUCAGUGCAGUUCAACCACAUAGCUCCUUUGAAGGCUGCACUGCACCACAGCAGCUCAGCCCCCAUCAUUGUAAAGGGACGCCUCACAGAAUCCAACUGUGGUACUUUAACUGCAGCUGACUCAACAUCAAGUGAAACAACCCAUUCAUUUGCAGAUCACUCUGGACCAAUAGACAAGGGAGAGCCCUUAGCUAAUGCAAUUAGAAGUGACUCUGCAAUUAUUGGAGGUGUGAUAGCAGUCGUGAUAUUCAUCUUCCUUUGCAUCACUGCCAUAGCCAUACGCAUUUAUAAAAAAAAAGGCAUAUACUCAAAAAAUGAGGAAAAAGGAUCUGAAAAUGAAGACGGUGCUGAAUCUGCACUGAAAAGUGAGCUCAGCAUGCAAAAUACAACCAAUGAAAAUCAAAAAGAAUACUUCUUCUGA